UAAAUCAGCAAAGAUACGUUCAACUUAAUUUUGUGCUAAAGGGUAUUGUAUAACUUUAGUACAUCAAAUGCAUUUUCAUACUAAAGGAUUAUUUCUGACACUUAUGAUGAAUGAGAAGCACAUGCUGGUCAUUACAUAUUGUUUCGAUUUAACAUUGAUAUAAAUUUAUUCCUAUCAGACACAAUAAGCUUAAAAUUCUUUUCCUAAAUAAAGUUUAAAAUUAUUUUCAUAAAUAAAUUCGUGUAGUUAAUCGUUUGUCAUAAAAAAAUAUAUACUACAACACUUUUGCGUUGUGUUGAAUGUGCACAAAAUUAUACUAGUAUAUAGCAUUGGGUUCACUAGUUUGGCCUCAGAGAACUUAUUUGCACAAUCAUCAUGAGAAAGACCUAGAGUUACUCAACUCAAAUAUUGGAUACUUCAAAUACAUAGGAUCUGCAAGAAGCAUUGUUAUUGUUACAACUUUAAUCAGUGAAAAGCUAAUGAUAUUAGCUAAAAUUUGAGGUACAUAUUUCUGGAAAGGGAUUGCAGCAUUUGAAGAGAAGUGUUGAACUAAUGGGUAGCAAGAUACAAAUCAAAUGGCCAAAAGAAGUCACAGCGGCUUUUGUUGAACAGCUGAUUCGAGCAGAAAAAGAUGUGCAAAAAGCGGUUCUUAUAUUUGAUGCAGCAACAGCAGAGUACUCCAAUGGCUUCCGACAUGACCGUAGCACAUUUGGUCUCAUCAUCUCGAGAUUGCUUUCUGCAAAUCAUUUUAAUUUAGCAGAGGAAAUGCUUGUCAGGAUGAAGGAUGAGAGCUGUAAGAUUACCGAGGAUAUAUUCCUCUCAAUCUAUCGAGCCUAUGGGCGGGUUCACAAGCCACUUGAGGUGAUCAGGGUUUUUCAAAAGAUGAGGGAGUAUGAUUGUGAGCCAACCCAGAUAUCGUAUAUUACAGUGUUCUCUGUACUUGUUGAUGAAAACCGUUUAAAAACUGCUUUAAGGUUUUAUCGUUACAUGAGGGGGGUGGGCAUUCCUCCUUGUGUUGCUUCGUUUAAUAUUUUGAUUAAAGCUCUCUGCAAGAACAGUGGAACAAUGGAUUCUGCUUUUCGUAUUUUUCGUGAGAUGCCCAAGCGUGGAUUUACACCGGAUUCCUAUACGUAUGGGACUCUCAUUAAUGGGCUUUGCAGGUUGGGCAAGGCUACUGAAGCAAAAGAACUUCUGAUGGAGAUGGAAGCAAAUGGUUGUUUGCCUACUGUAGUCACCUAUACUUGUUUGAUUCAUGGCUUUUGCCAAUCAAAUAACUUGGAUGAAGCAAUGAGAUUGCUUGAGGACAUGAGGAGCAAAGGUAUUGAGCCCAAUGUGUUCACUUAUAGUUCUUUGAUGGAUGGUCUUUGUAAGGGUGGACGUUCCUAUGAAGCAAUGGAGCUAUUGGAGAUAAUGAUUCGUGAACAUAAGGCUCCAAAUAUGAUAACGUACAGCACCUUAAUUCACGGACUCUGUGGAGAAGGUAAAGUUGGAGAAGCCUUAGAGAUUUUCGACCGAAUGAAACUUCAGGGAUGUAAACCUGAUGCAGGGUUAUAUUGGAAAGUCAUCAAUGGCUUUUGUGAGAAUAACAAGUUUCAUGAAGCAGCCAACUAUCUUGAUGAAAUGAUUCUUAGUGGAAUAUCUCCAAACCGAUUAACUUGGAGCUUGCAUGUGAAGAUCCAUAAUGCAGUAGUCCGAGGCCUGUGUGCUGUGAAUAAUCCAAAGCGAGCUUUUCAAUUAUAUCUAAGCAUGCGCACCAGAGCCAUCUCAGUUGAGCCCAAGUCUUUUGAGAGUUUAGUCAACCAUUUCUGCAAGAAAGGAGAUGUGCACAAGGUUGCUCGGAUUGUUGAGGAAAUGUUGACUGAUGGAUGCAUUCCAGAUGAACAAACAUGGGCUGUUGUGGUGGGUGGAUUUUGGGAUAGAAGGAAAGUAAGGGAAGCAGCUGAUUCAAUACAGGCUGAACUGAUGUGUAAACAUAUGGAUCCUGGGACUUGAUGUCUUGUUCCAGUUACUGAUUAUGACCACAAUGUCUUUGUUGAUCCAUAUGAAUGUCAAACCAAAAUAAUCUGGUUUUAUGC